UGUAGCUCGCCCCAGGCUGCUGGAAGGAGGAAAGCCUUAGCUGUGAUGCCGCUGGAUGAUGGCUGCUUUCGGGAUCUUAAGUUACGAACACCGUCCAUUAAAGCGGCCCCGACUCGGCCCUCCGGACGUUUAUCCGCAAGAUCCAAAGCAAAAAGAGGAUGAGUUGACUGCAUUGAAUGUGAAGCAAGGAUUCAAUAACCAACCAGCUGUAUCCGGUGAUGAACAUGGCAGUGCCAAAAAUGUCAACUUCAACCCUUCCAAGAUCAGCUCAAACUUCAGCAGCAUUAUUGCAGAGAAGCUGCGCUACAGCACGUUUCCAGACACAGGGAAGCGUAAACCACAGGUCAACCAGAAGGAUAAUUUCUGGCUUGUCACAGCGAGGUCACAGAGCUCCAUCAAUAACUGGUUCACAGAUUUAGCUGGGACUAAACCUCUGACACAGCUGGCUAAAAAGGUACCGAUCUUUAGCAAGAAGGAAGAGGUUUUUGGAUACUUGGCCAAGUACUCAGUCCCUGUAAUGCGUUCAGCAUGGAUGAUUAAGAUGACCUGCGCAUAUCAUGCAGCUAUCACAGAAACUAAAGUCAAGAAGAGGCAUGUGAUUGACCCGUGCAUAGAAUGGACCCAAAUCAUUACCAAGUAUCUCUGGGAGCAGCUUCAGAAGGUGGCUGAGUUUUACAGACAGUUUCCCAGCCAAGGCUGCAGCUCACCACUGCCAGCUAAUCCCCCUGAUGUGGAGACGGCCAUGAAGCAGUGGGAAUACAACGAGAAGCUGGCCAUGUUCAUGUUUCAGGAUGGUAUGUUAGACAGACACGAGUUCCUGACAUGGGUGCUGGAGUGUUUUGAGAAAGUCCGGCCUGGUGAAGAUGAGCUUCUCAGACUACUUUUGCCCCUUUUACUACAGUACUCAGGGGAAUUCGUACAGUCUGCUUACUUGUCACGAAGACUGGCUUACUUCUGCACGCGCCGCCUCAACUUGUUGCUAAGUGACGGGAGCCUGGGCCCUGGCACAGGAGGGCAUCCAGCUCACGGCAUCUUGACACAGCAAAGCAACGCUCUGCCCUCCACACCAACCUCCCAGCCAGCGGGAGGGAACCAGCCCCAGACACCUUUUACAGACUUCUAUAUCUGUCCACAGCACAGGCCUCUGGUGUUUGGUCUCAGCUGCAUGUUACAGAGCAUUGUGUUGUGCUGUCCCAGUGCUCUCGUGUGGCAUUACUCUUUAACAGACAGCAGAAACAAGACUGGUUCCCCUCUCGACCUCCUGCCCAUCGCUCCUUCCAGCUUGCCAAUGCCAGGAGGCAACACUGCCUUUACACAGCAGGUUCGUGCAAAGUUGCGGGAAAUUGAGGAACAAAUUAAGGAGCGAGGUCAGGCAGUGGAGUUCAGGUGGUCGUUUGAUAAGUGCCAGGAGACGACAGCGGGAUUCACCAUCGGAAGGGUUCUCCACACUCUGGAGGUUUUAGACAACCACAGCUUUGAGAAGUCUGACUUCAACAACUCCCUGGAUUCACUGUACAACAGGAUAUUUGGUUCAGGCCAGAGUAAAGAUGGCCACGAGAUGUCACCUGAUGAUGAUGCAGUGGUGACCUUGCUUUGUGAAUGGGCUGUGUGCUGUAAGCGUUCAGGCAGACACAGGGCCAUGGUUGUGGCCAAGCUGCUGGAAAAGAGGCAGGCUGAAAUAGAAGCAGAGAGGUGCGGCGAGUCGGAGGUGGUGGAUGAGAAGGGCUCUGUGUCAUCCGGUUCCCUCUCAGCUGCCACACUGCCAGUCUUUCAGGAUGUGCUGCUGCAGUUCCUCGAUACUCAGGCUCCCACCCUGACGGAGCCUGGGAAUGAAAGCGAACGCGUGGAGUUCUCCAACCUAGUCCUUCUCUUCUGUGAGCUCAUCCGUCACGACGUCUUUUCCCACAAUAUCUACAUGUGCACGCUCAUUUCCCGUGGCGACUUGGCUUCUGACUCCCACCUGCCCCGCCCACGUUCACCCAGCGAUGAGCCCUCUGAUGAAUCAGAGCGCAAAGAGCAGGAUGCAGGCAGCAGUGUCAAGAUGGAGGAUACUGGCCUAUCAGAGUCAAUGGAAAUCGAUCAUAACUCCAGUGCUAAUUUUGACGAGAUGUUCUCACCUCCAAUGCACUGUGAAACCAAGGGAAGCCCCUCUCCAGAGAAGCCGGUUACAGAUCAGGACAGCAAGCCCAACUGUAAGGACAAGGGUAUGGACCCCGCCUUUCCUCAACUGUAUGAGCAACCCCGCCACAUCCAGUAUGCCACUCACUUCCCUAUUCCUCAGGAGGAAAGUGCCAGUCAUGAAUGCAACCAGCGUUUAGUGGUCCUCUACGGUGUGGGCAAACUGAGAGAUGAGGCGAGACACACCAUUAAGAAAAUUACCAAAGACAUCCUGAAGGUGCUAAACCGCAAAAGCACAGCAGAAACAGGAGGAGAGGAAGGACAAAAAAGGAAGAGGAGUAAGCCAGAGGCCUUUCCCACUGCAGAGGAUAUCUUCUCCAAAUUCCAGCACCUCUCCCACUUUGACCAGCACCAGGUCACCUCCCAGGUGUCCAGAAAUGUGCUGGAACAGAUCACCAGCUUUGCCUUAGGGAUGUCCUACCACCUGCCUCUCGUCCAGCACAUUCAGUUCAUCUUUGACCUCAUGGAGUACUCCCUUAACAUUAGUGGCCUCAUAGACUUCGCUAUUCAGCUUCUGAAUGAGUUAAGUCUGGUGGAAGCCGAGCUGCUGCUGAAGUCAUCCAGCCUGGUGGGCAGCUACACCACAAGCCUGUGUCUGUGUAUUGUAGCAGUGCUGAGGAGGUACCACUCCUGCCUCAUCCUCAAUCCUGAGCAGACAGCCCAAGUUUUUGAUGGGUUACGCAUUGUGGUGAAGUCAGGUGUGAACCCAGCAGACUGUUCCUCUGCUGAGCGUUGCAUUCUGGCCUAUCUGUAUGAUCUCUACACCUCCUGUAGUCACCUCAAAAACAAGUUUGGUGAGAUAUUUAGUGAGUUUUGCUCUAAAGUGAAGAACUCCAUCUACUGCAAUAUCGACCCAUCAGACUCCAACAUGCUUUGGGAUCCUAUGUUCAUGAUGGAGGCCAUCGCCAACCCCUCAGCCAACAACUUCAACCACUCCAUGGUGGGCAAAAUCUUGAAUGACAGCCCAGCCAACCGCUACAGCUUUGUCUGUAAUGUGCUAAUGGAUGUGUGUGUGGAUCACCGAGACCCAGAAAGGGUGAACGAUAUUGGGAUCUUGUGUGCGGAGCUGACAGCAUAUUGCCGCUCCCUGAGUGCCGAGUGGCUCGGCAUCCUCAAGGCUCUUUGCUGCUCCUCUAACAACGGCAACUGUGGCUUCAAUGACUUGCUGUGUAACGUAGAUGUUAGCGAUUUGUCCUUCCACGAUUCUCUGGCAACCUUCGUAGCCAUUCUCAUUGCCAGACAGUGCUUGCUCCUUGAAGACCUGGUUCGCUGUGUUGCCAUUCCUUCCCUUCUCAAUGCAGCCUGCAGUGAGCAAGACUCUGAACCAGGAGCCAGACUGACCUGCAGAAUUCUGCUGCAUCUUUUCAAGACACCACAACGCAACCCUGUCCCCCAAGAUGGUGUGAAGUCAGACAAGGCUUCAGUUGGUAUCCGGUCGUCUUGUGAUCGCCACCUUCUUGCCGCCUCUCAGAACAGCAUAGUGGUUGGAGCUGUAUUUGCUGUUCUCAAGGCUGUGUUUAUGUUGGGUGAUGCUGAGUUGAGAGGCUCAGGGUUGUCGCACACCGCCGGCCUCGACGACAUAUCAGAAGGACGCAAUGUCUCGAUCGAGACAGCCAGCUUGGAUGUAUAUGCGAAGUAUGUUUUGAAGACCAUCUGCCAGCAGGAAUGGGUUGGAGAACGCUGCCUGAAGUCUCUGUCUGAGGACAGCAGUGCCCUCCAAGACCCAGUGCUGGUGAACAUUCAAGCCCAGCGACUGCUGCAGCUUAUUUGCUAUCCUCACCGCCAGCUGGACAGUGAUGACGGUGACAACCCUCAGAGGCAGCGUAUCAAACGCAUCCUCCAGAAUAUGGACCAGUGGACGAUGAGACAGUCUUCUCUUGAGCUGCAGCUGAUGAUCAAACAGAGCACCAACAAUGAACUCUACUCUCUCUUGGAGAACAUAGCCAAGGCCACUAUAGAGGUGUUCCAGAAAUCAGCUGAGAUGAACUCCAAUAACCCCUCAGGGAACGGGGCAGCAGUCCAAGGAGGCUCUGCAUCUAAUAACAACAGUACCACAAGCAAAAUGAAGCCUAUUUUAAGCUCAUCAGAGCGAUCGGGUGUUUGGCUGGUGGCUCCGUUGAUAGCCAAGCUGCCCACGUCAGUCCAGGGCCAUGUGCUAAAGGCGGCAGGAGAGGAGCUGGAGAAAGGGCAGCACCUUGGCUCUUCUUCACGUAAGGAGAGGGACAGGCAGAAACAGAAAAGUAUGUCUCUGCUGAGCCAGCAGCCAUUCCUGUCUUUGGUCUUGACCUGCUUAAAGGGGCAGGAUGAACAGAGGGAGGGUCUCCUCACCUCCCUUUACAGCCAAGUGCAGCAGAUUGUCACCAACUGGAGAGAAGACCAGUACCAAGAUGACUGCAAGGCAAAGCAAAUGAUGCAUGAGGCACUCAAGCUACGACUGAAUCUUGUCGGUGGCAUGUUUGAUACAGUGCAGCGCAGCACGCAACAGACCACGGAGUGGGCGGUACUACUCCUUGACAUCAUCAGCAGCGGCACAGUGGACAUGCAGUCCAAUAACGAGCUCUUCACAACAGUGCUGGACAUGUUGAGUGUGCUGAUUAACGGCACACUGGCUGCUGACAUGUCCAGCAUCUCUCAGGGCAGCAUGGAGGAAAACAAGAGAGCCUACAUGAACCUGGUUAAGAAGCUCAGGAAAGAGCUUGGAGAUCGGCAGUCAGAAAGUUUGGAAAAGGUUCGCCAGCUUCUGCCGCUGCCCAAGCAAACCCGAGAUGUCAUAACCUGUGAACCUCAGGGUUCGCUGAUAGACACUAAGGGCAACAAGAUUGCUGGCUUUGAGAAGGAGGGUCUUCAAGUAUCUACUAAACAAAAGAUUUCUCCGUGGGAUGUUUUUGAGGGUCUGAAACACUCCGCCCCUCUCUCCUGGGGUUGGUUUGGUACAGUACGUGUGGACCGUAAGGUGACUAAAUUUGAGGAGCAGCAGCGAUUCCUCCUUUAUCACACCCACCUGAAGCCCAAACCACGGAGCUAUUACCUGGAGCCACUUCCCUUACCCCCUGAAGAGGAGGAACCCCUGACACCUGUCUCACAGGAACCAGAGAAGAUGAUAGAGGCGGUGAAGACAGAGAAGAAUGUAGCCACUGUGCCACCCGAGUCCAACAAAAAGUCCAAAUCCAAGAAAAAGAAAACUCCUUCUAACAAAACAGAGGACUAUAACCGAACACCAGGUCCUGCCUAUACAAGUAUGGCACCAGAGUUGAUGCAGAACCCCACAUAUGCCAGGACCAUGCCCUAUAAUCCACAGAACGUGUACACACAGAGCCAGCCUCUACCUCCAGGUCAGAUUACAGGAGGUCCAGGUUUAGAUGCUCCAUACAGACAACCAGCCCGCAACCAAAUUCCCAAAAUGAUGCCCGCUCGGGCUAAUUAUCCAACCAUGAUGCCCGGCAUGCCGGGAAGCAUGCCUGGUAUCAUGGGACCAGACAAACCGUACCAAAUGACUUUUAAGCCCCAUGCUACCAUGUCACAAGGCCCGAAUCUGCGACAGCAACUACAGGUCAGACUGCAUCAAAAUCCAAACGCAUUAGGGCAGAUUAGACAAAUGCCACCAAACCAACAAUAUACUUCAAUGCAAACAUCCCAGGGCUAUACCACAUACGGAUCACACAUGGGAAUGCAGCAGCAUCCAUCUCAAAGUGGUAGUAUAGUACCUCAUUCCUAUGGCAACCAAAAUUUCCCAGGCGCACAUCCUGGAGCCAACCCUGCUGUAGUGGAUCCUCUAAGGCAACAGAGGCCAAGUGGGUAUCUUCUCCAGCAGGCCCCAGGCUACCCACAGAGUAUGCAGAACACACAGAGGUUUCCCCACCAGCAACUCCAGCAGAAUCCUAUCAUGCCAUCCCAUCUUGGUCAAAUGGGACAAGGUGUCCAUCCAGGCUUGUCAAGGCCCAAUCAGAUAUUAACAGAACAGCAGCAGCAGCAGCAGCAGCAGCAGCAGCAACAGCAGCAACAAUUAGUGCAGCAGCAGCAGUACCUCAGACAACAAGCAGCGAUGAGGGCACAACAACAUCAACAACAACAGCAGCAGCAGCAGCAACAGCAGCAGGUCCAACCACAGCAGGUUCCUCCUCAACAGCAGGUUCCACAGCAGCAACAGCCACAGGUGACGGCUGUGCCUCCACCGGGCCAGGCACCGAACCAGGGCCUGAGCAUGCAGCCGCUGCCACCGCAGCAACCCAUGUUCCCCCGAGCGGGAAUGCAGCAGACUCAGCAGCAACAGCAGACCGCAGCUCUGGUCAGACAGCUGCAACAGCAACUAUCAAGUACACAACCAUCACAGGGCACCAACUCUUAUUACUGAUAAUGUUUGUUCAUAGUGGUGGGCAGAGUGGAGGCCCUGCUCUGUGGAUUGGGGGAAUACAUGUGUCCAGUCCCAUGAAGAUAGUUAGGAGGGAUGACUUGAAGGCACAAAGGACCACCAAGCAGAUUAACGAAAUCCAAUAUUGACCACUGAGGCAACAAUCAGAGAUGAUCUUGUGUCACUUGUGUAAUUAUGGAAUAUCAAUGGAGUGAUCAUUAUCUGAAGUAAACACGUAAUGCUUAAUGAUGGAGCCUAUGUAAAGAAAACAAUUACCACAAAUUAUAAGAAUAAUGCAAUUUUUUUUUUUUUUCAAUUUGUACAAUUUUUCAGUUUCGUGUAUUUCUCAUUAAAAAUCAUGUCAGUUUUUAAUGUCUGGUACUUGUGUUGGCUGCCUCUUUUAAAACCUGGUAGUGAAAGUUUUUAUCUUUCGCUGCUCUUUUUCAAGUUCUGGAGAAGGAAAAUGAAAAUGACAACGAGUGCAUAAAAUGUAUCAAACUGGUGUAAAUACCACCAUAAAUGACUGUUUUGUAAAAGUGUUCCAAUAAUGAGUAAAUAAAACGGUGUUCUUAUUACAAGGA